AUGUCUGAACAGCCGCCUCAACCGCUGGCGCUGCAGCCACCUCGCCUGACUGCUGCCCAAACACGCGCUCUUUUUGACAUUCUCACACACAACGAGACAUAUGCCGAGAUUGUGGCCUUCAAAUACCCCCAAGGCGUUCUCAAUUACGGCUACCCUUUUCACAACAAAGAGCAGGCAAGAGCUGAGCAGCGACAGACGCCGGAGAAGAAUGGCACCGGGACAACAUCACAGAAACGGAAUGGAAGCGUUGGCGGAGUGAGUGGCUUUGCCGCGAGACUCUGGGGCCGAUCGGGUAGCUCAAGCACCACACCAACUUCAUCUGCACCGGAUACCGACCAGUCACCGCCCUCUGAAGCUCUAUCCACUAUAUCCCUGGGACAGAAUGGAAGCGCCAGUGAUGGCAGUAGUGGCAAGGAUGGCCCCCUCCCGUCGGACCAGUCAGAAAUGCCGAUCUUGCAGCUCCUCAUGUCGACCUUUGUGAUGCAGCUGCCUGCAAUUAGCACCCUUUCCGGAGAAUUCUGGGAGGUGCGCCUCCGAGGUCUGCUCAGCCGUUUUGCCGAUGCACGGCUGUCAGAGAGCUAUGAGAAGGGCACUAUGGGUGCCCGCAAAACCCUGGCUACAGGCUGGAGUUCAGUAAUGGAAAUGCUUUCUAGGGGCAUGCUGGGUGGUGUGAAGCCGAGGCAACAGCAUGAGCAGGUGCCCGAGGAGAAUCAGGAAAAAGAGGCGAAGCAGAGAAAGUAUGAUGUUGCAAAGGGACAAGAUCUUACUCGUGCAUGGGAAGAUGUCCUUGAUGGGCUGGUGUAUGGCGAUCUCGUAGACGAGUUAUUUGCGCAUAUGGCCAGGCAGCCGGAGCUCGAGGAAUAUUCCUCUGCCGUGAAUGCGUCAAGCCAUUACAUUGUGAUCCACCUCGCUGCCCUCCUUCAUCAUGUUUUUGUCGAGACCCCCGACGGGCCGUACCUCAUCAAGCUUAUUGACAAUGUCCAUCGUCUGGUUCCUUACGCAAUGAUUAAGCAAACCUUGCGCAUCGGCAAUGCCGCCACCAUGAUCAACGGCUUGAUGCACCUGCUUCUCGCCAAGCUGUCCGUCACCGGCCUGACCAACUGGGUCGGACUGACCGCCAACGAAGAUGACGGCAUGAAUCUUUUACAAAACAUCAUUUCCCUAGUUCUCUCCCGAGAUGCAAGCGAGUUUAAAAAGAUUCUGCAGCGCAUAGAGAGGAUGUCGCCAGACUCGACCACGCCGACAGAGGCGAUGCUUAAGGCUCUCCGCGCGCACGUAAACUCCAACGAUCGGGCUACUGAAGAGGCGCUGCGGAAAAAGAGCCUGGAGAACCCGGGAUCAAUUGUUGUGGCCAUAUUGAACGCACAAGACCCAGAGCUUGUCAAAGAACUGGGCAAGACGCAGCACUUGCUAUGUCUAGAGUACUACUCUGCGUUACUCUCCGUACGCGACAGGACGGCCAUUACGGCCGCGCUCUGCCGUCAACCUCCCGACCUGUUUACCGGCGCCAUCAGGGAGGCUGUUGCAGCGUAUAAUCCCAUUAUCCGCGCCGUGCACGAGCGCGUUGACCUCGGGGACCACUUGCAGGAUCUCCAGGCAUUCAUCAGUGAUUUUAUCCGCGUGAGCACACCUGCGCCUGGCGGACCUGGCGUGACAGUGGAUGACUAUGUCCGUCUCUUGAGCGACAAGAAGCAUCUCCUCCACCGCUUCCUGCACGCCGUCGCUUCGAGCUGUCCCGAUAUUACCAAUGACUUGUGCGCGUGGAGCAAUGCAUCGAUAGCCAAGUUCCGCCAGACUUCUGCUGCCGACGGGGCGGACAACGUCGACGAGAAAACAGCAAGCACCAUGGACAAAGCUCUCAAUCAGCUCGUCUCAACGCUGGGCGAUGAAUGCCAAGCUGUCCUGUCCGCUGUCGAUGCGCACGCCGGCUAUCUUGCCACCGUCCAAGGCGUGUCGGAUGCACGCCUCGACCACAUUGCCUUCAGAACAGCUGCCGGCAAGAAGAAAGACGGCCAUGACGGAAAGGCUCAGAAGAGUGGACCGGGUAUAUACCUCGCCCGCUGGCAGAACUUGCUCGACGAGACAGUCAUCACUACUGCCAAGAAGUACGGGAGCAUCCGCCACGGGAGCGACGUGCGGCAUCAUGCCACCAAGGGCAAGACGGGUCUCGCAGGGCAUAAUUUGUCGACAGUCGAGAAAAAGAAAGAUAAUAGUGGCAUACUGGUGGCGCCGGAUGUUUCGGCCGUCGUCAAUGCGCUAGAGAAGCCGUUUCAUGAGCUUAUGAAAGUCCUUAAUGCAGAGAGGACGGCUGCUAUGUAG